GGUUUCUGCAAAGACACUGGUAACAUUUUGCACUAACGGCAUACUGCUUCGCAUGCUAAUGGCAGGAGACAACACCCUAUCAACUGUGACACAUGUUAUUGUGGAUGAAGUACAUGAGAGGGAUAGGUUCAGUGACUUCUUGUUAAUAAAACUAAGAGAUGUGUUGCAAAACCAGACAAAUUUAAAACUAAUUAUUUCUAGUGCUGCUCUAGAUGCAAAUCUCUUUAUUAAGUAUUUUGGAUGUUGCCCAGUAAUAUACAUCCAGGGAAGACCUUUUGAAGUUAAAGAGAUGUUUUUGGAGGACAUUUUACGCAGUACUGGAUAUACAAACAAAGAGAUGGUAAAGUACAGAAAAGAGAAGCAGCAAGAAGAAAAACAGCAAAGCACUCUUACUGAGUGGUGUUCUGCUCAAGAAAAUUAUAGCAAACUGAAUCUUCAGAGACAAAGAUCUGUCCCAAGAGCAACUGAAGAGUGUAAUUUAUUGGGUGAUGGUGGUGACACAGUAUUUAAUCAACUGACUGAAAAAGAUGUGACUUGCCUUGAACCAUGGCUAAUAAAAGAAAUGGAUUCUUGUCUUUCUGACAUCUGGUUGCAUAAAGAUACUGAUUCCUUUGCUCAGGUGUUCCAUCUCAUUUUAACUGAAAACAUCAGUGUUGAUUAUAGGCAUAGUGAAACCAGUGCAACUGCCCUAAUGAUUGCUUCAGGGAGAGGAUUUUUGAGUCAAGUAGAACAGCUGAUCAGUAUGGGAGCAAGUAUCCAUUGCAGAUCAUCUAAUGGCUGGAUGGCUGUGGAUUGGGCUAAGCGCUUUGGACAGACAGAGGUGGUUGACCUGUUGGAAUCCUACAGUGCUUCAGUGGGAUUUGGAAAUCUGGAUGAAAGUUCCCUGGUCCAAACAAGUGGUUGUGACCUUAGUGCAGAGGACAGAGAACUGCUGACGGCUUAUCAUCACAGUUUUGAUGAUGAAAAAGUGGAUCUGGACCUGAUUAUGCACUUACUUUAUAACAUCUGUCAUAAUUGUGGGGCUGGAGCGAUUUUAAUAUUUCUUCCUGGAUAUGAUGAGAUAGUUAGCCUGAGGGACCGUAUUCUUUUUGAUGACAGAAGAUUUGCUGAUAAUGCGCACAGGUACCAGGUUUUCAUGCUUCACUCAAAUAUGCAAACUUUCGAUCAAAAGAAAGUGCUUAAAAGUCCACCUGCUGGCGUUCGCAAAAUAAUUCUUUCUACAAAUAUUGCAGAAACCAGCAUAACAGUCAAUGAUGUUGUAUUUGUUAUUGACUCAGGCAAGGUGAAAGAGAAGUCUUUUGAUGCACUGAGUUGUGUUACAAUGUUAAAAAUGGUGUGGAUUUCAAAAGCCAGUGCUAUCCAGAGAAAAGGAAGGGCUGGGCGCUGUCAGCCUGGAAUCUGUUUUCGUCUCUUCAGCAGGCUCCGAUUUCAGAAUAUGUUGGAAUUUCAGACUCCAGAACUUCUAAGAAUGCCACUUCAGGAGCUUUGCUUACACACCAAACUACUGGCUCCAAUUCAUUGUCCAGUUGUUGACUUUCUUAUGAAAGCUCCUGAUCCUCCACCAGCUUUAAUUGUGAAAAAUGCUCUGCAAAUGCUCAAGACUAUAGAUGCCAUGGACCCUUGGGAAAAUCUCACUGAACUUGGUUAUCAUCUCACUGAUUUGCCAGUAGAGCCACACCUUGGUAAAAUGGUGGUGUGUGCUGUCAUUUUGAAGUGCCUGGAUCCUGUUCUUACCAUUGCUUGUGCUCUUGCCUAUCGAGACCCUUUUGUUCUACCUACUCUGGCCUCUCAGAAGCGUGCAGCCAUGCUGUGUAGGAAACGUUUUACUGCAGGAACGUUUAGUGACCACAUGGUGCUUCUCAAAAAAAUUAUUUCCUUUCAGAAAGAGCACUAA